AUCAAGAUGAAAAUGUUGUUUGGUUAUACGGCACGUGUUUCUCUUGUAAUGUGUAUCGUAAUUUAUACACACUUCAAUGAUUUAAUUGCAAGUGACAUCACAUGCAACAUACACUGUGUAUGUAAAAGGCAGAGCGCAAUAUGUAGUGGAGUUUCCUUAAACUAUGUUCCAAGAUUUCCACCAGAUAUUGCAGUUGUGAAUUUGACCCACACAAAUCUAUCUUAUAUUGGCGAACAAACAUUUUAUAAUCUGUCGUUUAGUAAGUUUAUUGGUAAACUAGUUCUACAGGAAAAUUUUAUUACUUACAUUCAUCCCAAAGCUUUUUUAAACAUUUCAGCUCUCAAAACAUUGUAUAUUGCCAAUCAACCACAAUUGAAUAUAACAGUGUUGACAAAAGCAUUCGUCUCCCUGAAUAAAAGGAAUUUGAAAAUGCUCCAUCUUCUUGACAAUCAAUGGACAGAAAUUCCAGUAGAUUCCUUUAAUGCAUUCAAAAAUAGCAAACUACUGAAGCUUAUUUUAACAGGAAAUAAUUUUGAAAUAUUUAACUGUACAAUGUUUGAGGAAAUAAUUUCUUUGAAACACUUAAUGUUAUCCAAUAAUUCUAUCACAGAUAUUUAUAUGAAGGGGUUGCAAAAUGUAUCUAGAUUAGAUUUAAGGAGUAACAUGUUAACGAAAGUCCCAAAAUGGUGUUCUAAAGCAGGUUUUAGUUUUGUUCCAAACUUACAAAACCUCACACUUGGAAACAACAACAUUGGCGCUUUCGGAAAAAAUGCUUUUAGAUGUUUACCGAACAUUAAGUUUCUAAAUUUAGAAGAAAUUCAUACAGGUCGUUUACAAGAUAAUAUCUUUUCGCCUAUGCCUGUUCUCAAAACUCUGUUGUUACCAAGAAUAGGAAAUCCUUUAAAGAAGAUUGGUCAGUUUGCUUUCAAUAGUUCGUCACUUACUACGCUUCAGAUGAAUUUGAACUCCAUUCAUUUUGACAGAACAUCUACCAAAGUUUUUGCAUACUGUCCAGACUUGGAGAAUCUGGAUCUGAGUCAUAAUUUCAUGCCAAGAAACCUGUCAAUGUUCAAAGAAAUGCUACAACCGUUAUCGAAUCUUCGGAAACUUAUACUUGUACAAAGCGCAAUAACCGAUAUUCCAGACAUGUUAUUUACACCAUUCAAACAUAUUUGGUCAAUAAAUCUUAUGGGGAACAGAAUUUUUCGCUGGAACAAUUUAUUCAUUAAUGUAACUUCAUUAACUAUGCUAGAUUUGAGCGUAAAUUCGAUUUCAGUUAUAAACCAGACUUCUUUUCCACCGGAAGUUUUAUUUUCAUUAAAGAAACUGGAUUUAGGCUUUAACCCUUUCUCAUGUACAUGUGAACAGCGUUGGUUCCUUAAUUGGACGAAACAUUUUAUGAACAAGGUUGAAAAUUUCAAACUUUAUAAAUGCAAACAUCCACCUAUUAUGGAUGGAAAACUUUUGUCAAAUUAUCACCCAACAGAGGAAAGCUGUAAUCCAUGGAAACCAACAAAUACAAUUAUAAUUGGGCUUGCAGGAAGUGGAACGAUAAUUGUGUUAAUUAUUGUACUUAUUGUGCGAUGUCAAUCACAUAUUAAGAACUAUGUUUAUCUAGUACGAGUGUCCUACAACAAAAGACGAGGAUAUUUGACUUUGGACAACGACGAAGAUUUUGAAUAUAAUGCAUUUGUUGUGUACUGUGAAGCAGACAGAGACUGGGUUCAUACAAAAUUCAUACAGAGAGUUGAAAAGGAAGAGGGAUUAAAAUUGUGUAUUCACCAUCGUGACUUCGAAAUAGGACAGCCAAUCAUUGGCAACAUUGAUAAUUUUGUUGAAAAAUCUAGAAAAGUUGUGGUUAUAAUGUCAAAUGAUUUUGCCAAAAGUGAAUGGUGUCAGUGGGAAGUUGAUGUUGUACAGGAAAAACGUAGGCGACUAGGACGAGAUGUGUUUCUUCUCGUCAUGUUGAAAAAUAUUGACUCGAAGCAUAUGACAAGUCAUCUCCGAUCACUACUGGUCAGUGGUAACCAUAUCAAAUAUUCAAGUGGUGUAGGAGAGGAUUUGUUUUGGAGAGCUGUUGUAGAAGGUCUUAAAAAACCGCUAGGGUAUCCACCUGUUGCGUUGUUGUAAGUUGUAAAAAUAACUAUUUACUCUUUAUACAACUGUUUGUUUGUAGUUUUAAAGAACAUUAAGACAUUUCAAGACGUUUCUGUUCCAAAAAAUUCAUGAGUAUGGAGGAUUCAACAAUUGUACCUCCGUCAAUUAUCUGAAAGACUGGAUAUUGGAAGAAUGUACCAAUCCAACGAAAAACUAGAAAACUCAACAAUGUAUUAACCAAGCAGUGCACUUAAUGCUGUUUCUCAUCUUAUUACUCCUUUAUAUACAUAUUUACUUAGGGUAUAAAAGAUUCUACCAAUACAUGUAGUUUGGCUAUUUGUCUCCAAAUCAAGUUUUCUGUGCUCACGGUACUAAUUGUUGUUAUUCAAAUAAUGUUUGUAUACGUUCCCUUGGAAAUUGUAUUGUAAUCUUAUAAUUUAACUAGAACAAGCAUUUCGUGAAGACGAAUGAAAAACAUGUAUUUGAAUAAUAAAGAGAGAGCCAAAAAAUGUCAUACA